UACACAUGCAAAAUUAUAUACUAUCCAAUCCAAUACUAUCGCAUAUACAUCACUAAUAUUUGCUUUAAAUUUAUUUCGUUAAAAUUAUGGGUGUGCAUGAGUUCAUGGAGUCCAUUCCAGCCGAUCAAAGCCAUGAAGCAGCUGACCAAAGUUCUGUGGCGGCCAUUUCCAAGAAUGAAAAUGUGGACUCUAAAAUCGACGAAAUAGAUGAAAAGUCGAGAAUGGUACCAGCUCAAAAAUCCAGUGAUGACGAAGAGGAUGAAAAACCAAAACCAAAACCAAAGAUACAGAAGGUGCCGAUGGUGUUCCGUGGUCGCAAGAACUUCGACAAGUACUUUGAGCCGAGGGUCGUAUCAAUCGGCCCCAUUCACCGUGGCAAACCGAAGCUAGAGCUAUGGGAGAAGUACAAGACUGAAUUUACAGCGGAAUUUGUCAAAAACAGUAAGUAUUCUACCCGCUUCUUCUUUAAUAUCAUUAGAGAAAAUAUUACCAGUUUGAAGGAGCUAUUCGAUGAGGAGGUGCUUCAAGGCUAUGAUGACGAUGAUGAUACUCUGAGCUUGAUGUUGGUCGUAGAUGGAUGUUUCAUUCUCCAGUUCGUAUACAGCAUUAACUUCUUUCAGAGGUUCAACAUUAAGAUCGAUCAAUUAGUUUUCGCUCUAAAUGAUUUGCUCUUGCUCGAGAACCAAAUUCCUUUUCAUGUUCUCGAGCUUUUGAUGGAAAGUCUUGAUGAAAGUGAUGAACGAGUAAUGACUGCAACGAAGUUGAUGGCUUCGAUCAAGAAUUUCAUUGUCAAGAACGUUAUGGCACCGAGUGAGUGCAAUACAAGUCUGGAACCAAAUUUCUUACAGACUACAGAAGAUGAUAAGCUCGUCGAGUCACCAACUCAUCUUCUAGAGCUUCUCCAAUUUGCUGUUGUACAACCUGUAGAGCAAGAUCCCAAGUCAUCAAAACCAAUAAAAGAUCCCAAAAAAUCUCAUUCUUUUCGCAACGUCCAAGAACUUAAAGCUGCGGGGAUCGGCUUGAAACGAGGUAAUGAUCGCAAGCGUUGGUCGUUGAGAAAAAUAAAGUUUAGUUAUAAAUACGGGGUGAAGCCUUUGCUCGAACUUCCUCGCUUAAUGGUGGACGACUCUACUGUGCCUAAAUUCAUGAACUUGAUUGCCUAUGAGAUGUGUCCCGAUAAUUUCAGGACAGACUACGAAGUCACCUCCUACGCAUGCUUCAUGGAUUCACUCAUUGAUCAUCCCAAUGAUGUCGAGGAGCUAAGGUUGAAAAAGAUUCUCGUCAACCUUCUUGGUUGCGACGAAGAAGUUACUAAAGUGUUCAAUGAGAUCGCCACUGAUUUGGUGCCUGACCAGGAGAUGUACAAGGAUGUCAAGAUUCAUAUACAGAAGCAGUAUGAUAGGAAGUACAUGAGGUGGGUAUCGCACUUGCUAUGAUUUGAUAUUACUUGGAUAUUGAUAAGGGUUAGUUGGCAAAAUGAUCUAUUUUUUUAAAUUAUUUUGUACUCUGAUUUAGUUUUGAUAAAAUGGCAUCCGACAUUCCAGACAACUGCUCAAAUUUUUUAUAGAACUUUAGUCAAAAUGUUAUACAGACUAUUUUGCAAAAAAUUAUCAAAACUAAAUCAAAGUGCAAAAUAACUUUAAAAAAUAAAUCAUUUUCAUCAAUUACUCUAUUAAUAUGAUAACAAGAGAUGAUUGUCCUAUAAAUAUGAUCAUUAUUGAUCUUCACUCCAAAAUAUGUCUGAUAAUUAUAAUUACAAAGUUGUAGAGUAACUUGUUUUCUAUGUGUGCCUUUUUUUCUUUUUCUUUUUUUAUUUAUUCUAUUCUUGAUUUGGAAUAAUGGUUUGCUGGGUUUCCACCUCAUGUGCCAAAGGAUAAUCAUGUAACUAUUUUGAAGUCAUUGGGCGUUCCAAGGUAUUUGUCUUGUAUAGCAUUAUUACUGAGAUUGAAAGUCAUUACUUUUUUCAAUAUUGGAAUUUCAUCUUGUUGGAAUUGGAUUCAAUGUAAGUAUAAUAGUCAUUAUUCUUAAUACAUAAUAGUAUAGGUUUCUUUAAUUUUUUAUAGCCUCUCCAUGAGAGGCAAGUGCUCCCUUAGAGCAUCUCUAUUGCCGGCUUCGAUACUAAUUUUGGAAAAAAUGCUAAAUAUAAUAUUUUAUUUAAUUAAUAUAAUCUUAACUAAAAAUAUAAAAGGAAAAACAAAGCAACAUUAUCAACAGUGGGCAACGUUGCCAAAAAAUAGAGUUGAAUAUAUGGUAUUUUAUUGAUUUUGAGACCCACAUUAAUAUAAGCAACACUUUUGGCACUGCACAUUGUUGAUGCUCUUAGAGUUAUCUUUUUUAUAGAAUUUUUCUCUUGAACAAAUUUUUAACUAUGUUUGUCAUAGUUCACUGCAAUAACUUAAUUCAGUACAAUUAUAUAUAUGGUUGAAGUUUAUAU